AUGAAUUUCAAACAAAGCGGUGUCUGCACAACAAAACAGCCGGGCAUUCCCGAGCAGGUGAAUCAGCAUCUCGCUAACAUCCGUCUGGAAAAUCUUCUUGCUCCAAAGUGGAGCAUUAUUCUCAACGAUCACGGAUGCCAGCUUCAAGUCUUUUGGGGAAGCCCAAAGUCGAAUCAAAUACCAGUGGAGAAUGGCGGGAUGGCCUCGCUUCCCGCAGUUAAUCCAGCUCAGGUGAAGCUUCCAGCGCAACUACACUCCGUCAACGCUGGGCCUAUCGAUGGGCCAGCUACAAAAAAGGCCAGGAGCGAAGGGCCUUCAAUGUCAGUUAGUCAUCCAGGCGCAGGACUACACAACAUCCGUCAGCCGGUCGCUCCUCCUAUGCUCACCCAGCAGGAGAUGAGAAAACUCGUCUCAAUGCCAGGCCUUUUUCCUCCUACCAAGAUACGCGUAAAGAACGGAUCCCCUACUGCACCAAACAUGUUGCCGGGCUCACAUCACUCGCCUGAAGCAAAAGAAGAAAACAACGCGCCUUUGAAUCUCAAGACUGAGCCCAAAUCGGAAAUUAAGGCCCCUGGAUCGAUGACAACCCCAACCAAGCAACAGCGCAAAUCGCUCGAGUCCACCGCCAAGCAGCUCCAAAGCCUCCAGCAGAACAUCGCCUUAAAAUCGUCCUUAAUUUCAUCGCUUUCAUCCCAGGCGGCUGCGUCAAAUCUAGCGGCUUUCGUUGAGUCAGCCACAAAAGCUCAAUCGGCCGCCGCCGCCGCUGGAACCAGUAGCCAGAAUAAUCACUCGCCAGUCGGAGGCGGUUUUAUUACUCCACCAAGCUCUGAGCGCUCCAAUUCCAGCGAGGGAAAGACUUUUAUCGAAGACGAAGAUACUCCCUCGAAGGGCGGAAGAGCUAACAGUGAAUCUGGCGAAAGUGGAAUCAAUGAUCUCUGCAGACAAAAAUUUGCCUGCGAGCUGUGCCGAAAGACCUUUACAAGAAAAUACUCUCUCUCGCGGCACUACAAAGAAGUUCAUCAGGGCGAAAGUCGAACAAAUACUAUGCGCCCAGGGAUGCAAGGAAACUCCCUGCUUGCGAUAACAAACGGGUGCGAUCCCCGUUUUGUCAAUGACUACGGCUUGCCAACAAUGGCUCACCGCCACAACAGCGGAACAAGCGAGGACGUCAAGAUUGAGGAAUUUGAUGAUGAUGAAAGCCCGCCGAGUAUGGUCGCCCUCCCAUCAUCCAGACGACCUAAUGCACUUGACUUUUAA